AUGGAUACCCAGUUCACAAAAAGCCUAGAAACUCACUCUCCACAUUUAGAUUCAGUUGAUUUACACCAAACCCUAGGAAGGUGUUCUUCACCCAACUCACCUAAACAAAAAGUCCUAGAUGAUCUGGAUCACUUAUCCUCAGUUCCUACACAAUCAAACCUCGAAAAAUCGUCUAAUUGUGAUAAUUUGUUGGCUGAUGGAAGCCCGGAUGAUAAUAAUUUUGAUCCAGCUUUCUUGCUUGAUGAUGAGCCCGAAGAAGAUGACCAUUCGCUUUCGUCUCCGGUUGGUACAUUUCUGGCCUCACAUUGGGCUGAACCCCACGGUUCGGAUGAAGACAUUAAGCCUUCUUUGGUGGGUGCGGGGCUUGCAAAUCUUGGAAACACGUGCUUUCUUAAUGCAGUGUUGCAAUGCUUCACACAUACUGUGCCGCUUGUGCAGGGUCUUAAGUCGUGCAAUCACGCAAUGCACUGUGAUUAUAGUAGUGAAGGGUUCUGUGUGUUUUGUGCUUUGCGUGACCACAUUGAAGUUUCAGUAGCUUCUACGGGCCGGGUUGUCUCUCCUUGGAAACUUGUUGACAAUUUGAGCUAUCUUUCAUCUAGUUUCCGAAGAUUUCAACAGGAAGAUGCUCAUGAAUUCCUUCAGUGCUUUUUGGAUAGACUUGACUGUUGUUGUAAUUUAUCUUUCACAAAGGAUACAACACAGGGUCACAACAUUGUGAAGCAGGUUUUUGGUGGUCGUCUCAUUAGCAAACUUCAAUGUUGCAACUGUGGUCACUGUUCUGACACUUAUGAGCCUUUGAUCGAUCUGAGUUUGGAGAUUGAGAAUGUGGAAACCCUUUCUAGUGCCCUGGAUUCUUUCACACAGGUGGAAAAAAUUGAAGAUCCCGAGACAAAGUUUACUUGUGAAAAAUGUAACGAAAAAGUGUCAGUUGAGAAGCAAUUUAUGUUGGAUGUGGUUCCUUCAGUUGCUGCAUUCCAUUUGAAGAGAUUCAAGAAUGAUGGCUAUUUUGUUGAGAAGAUUGAUAAGAACAUAGAGUUCCCAUUGGAGUUGGACUUACAGCCUUACACUAGUUGCAGUCAAAAAAACAAUGUUGACUUGAAAUAUUAUCUAUAUGCAAUUGUGGUGCAUGAUGGAUUCUCAUCUCAUUCGGGCCACUACUAUUGCUUUAUCCGUUGUGCCCCAGACACAUGGUACAAAUUUGAUGACUCAAAGGUUGUUCGGGUUCGAGAAGAUUUUGUGCUUUCACAGGAGGCCUAUAUUCUAUUGUAUGCAAUGGAGGGCACAGCCUGGUUUUCUACUUUCAUGGAAACACAAAAGCAAACCAUGGAUCCUAGUAUAUCCAAUGCUUCACCCAAGUCAGUGUUAGAUAGAGUGGACCACCUUGGUACAUCACCUCCUAGUACAGUAAAUGACCCUGGUUGUGAUGUCAAUGAAACCAGUGAUACUGCAGACAGAAGUUAUGCAGAGGGUUCUAGUGGAUCAAGACAUGAGAGGGUAGAGGUUAGUGAAGCUAAUGAUGGUUCUCACAGGGUAUAUACCCCAGUGCUGCUUGGGGCAAGUAAUUCCUCUAAUGAAACUUCAAGGAAAGUUGAGAAAAUAUUUUCUCCAUCUGCCUUUAAAGAAGACAAUCGCAAUAAGGAGCUCGAAAUUGAAAAGAAUACCAGGAUCUUUCCCCAAACACCACCCCGAUCUCCGAGCCCAGAGAUAUACAAAGACGACACUCAAGAAAGGCAUUUUUCUAUUCCGCGUGAUCAUCUGAAAUUGGUAGAUCAGGUGUGUUGCAAAAGACAGUUGAACAAGGACUUGGAGGAUUCGCAGAAAAAGCAGGCUUGCAGACUGAUAAAAAACAUGCCCAGUUCAAGGGGCUCAAAGUUAAUGGCUGCCAUGAAGGGAUCGUCGCACAGUGAGGGUUCUCAGAACAGGAAGAGGAGUAGAAGAAGAAUAGAAUUGUCUCCAGCUAGAAAUGCUAAUCCUUCAAAUGCUCGUCGCCGUAAACCCGAGUUUAGAUCUGUCAUGCGUCCUUUGGCUGCUGGAAGUUCAAAUUGA